AGGUCAGAUGGUCACACUUUGUAGAAGGAGAGACGGUGACGGUGACGUCAAACCAUACAUUUUAUUUGACGUCAUGGUAAACCCUCAUUCUUCCAAAAAUAGUGUAGUACAGUAUCACAACACGUCACCUGACCAACAGUCCAACAAUGAGUCAUCUGUUUACUGAAACUGUUACCAAAACACUAAAAGUAUCACACCAGUUAUAAUAUCUCUGUUCUUCAACCAUGAGUUAUCCAGGAUAUCCUUCUUAUCCACCUCAUCCCCAGGGAGGACAGUAUCCUCAGCAGCCCCAGCCGUAUCAACAGACCACACCAAUGGCUUACCCCGUGUAUCCGGGCGCCGCAGCCCCUCCUGGACCCAUCUCAGGAUACCCGAGUGCUAAUCCAUACCCGUCUUAUCCAUCAAACCCGAGUUCAUACCCAUCUAAUCCUUACCCAUCUGGCCAGCCUGCUCCCUAUCCUUCUGGGCAACCUUCUCCUUAUCCAUCAAGCCAAUCUUCUCCUUAUCCAUCAAGCCAACCAUCUCCUUAUCCAUCAAACCAACCUUCUCCUUAUCCAUCAAGCCAACCUUCUCCUUAUCCAUCGAGCCAACCUUCUCCUUACCCGUCAAGUCAACCAUCCUCUUACCCGUCUUCUGGAGGCCAUGUGUCUCCCUACCCCUCUCAAUACCCUCCCCCACAUCAGUCUGGUAAUCAACACUACUCCUCCCAGAACCAGGUCCCCCUGUACGGAGGGGCUGUCCCCCAUGGCACUUCCCAGCAAUACAGUAAGGGCAAUCCCACUGUAAGACCAGCUCAUCCGUUUGACCCCAAGUCUGAUGCUGAGGUGUUGAGGAAGGCAAUGAAAGGGUUCGGCACUGAUGAGAAGGCAAUUAUCCAGGUGCUGACCAACCGAACCAAUGCUCAACGCCAGGAGAUUGCUGUGCAUUUCAAGACUAUGUAUGGAAAGGAUCUCAUCAAGGAUCUGAAGAGUGAGUUGAGUGGAAACUUUGAGAACUUGAUUGUUGCGCUGAUGACUCCCAUCCCUGAGUUCCAAGCCCAGGAGAUCCAUCAUGCCAUCAGCGGCAUCGGAACCAACGAGAGCACAUUGGUGGAACUCAUGUGUUCUGCCACAAACAACGAGAUACACACGAUGCGCCAGGCUUACCAGAAGUUGUUUGGCAGCAACUUAGAACAAGACUUGUCUAGUGACACUUCUGGAUCCUUCAGACGACUCAUGGUCUCUCUAUGUCAGGGAAGAAGAGAUGAAAACUACAUUGUAGAUCAUCAUGCUGCUGUCAUGGAUGCACAGAGAUUGCUGGAAGCUGGAGAGCUGAUGUUAGGUACAGACGAGUCUACGUUCAACGCCAUCUUGUGUCAACGCAGCUACCCACAGCUGGUGCAGAUCUUCAUGGAGUACCAGCGCCUGGCCGGACAUGGGAUAGAAAAAGCAGUGAGGGGAGAGUUCUCAGGGGACAUUGAAACUGGUCUGCUAGCUAUCAUCAAGUCUGUAAAGGACAAGGCAGGUUUCUUCGCAGAGCAGCUCCAUGACAGCAUGGCUGGGAUGGGCACCAGGGAUCGAGCUCUGAUACGUAUCAUCACCAUCCGCUCUGAGAUCGAUCUGGAGGAUAUCAAGCGAGCGUUCCAUCAAAAGUACGGAACAACCCUUGCAGACUUCAUCAAGGAGGACACAACCGGUUAUACCGAGAAAGCCCUCCUGUCCCUCAUCAAGGCAGCCUAGAGGCAGCUUAUCACCAACAUUGUCAGCUCAUAGAGACAACUUUGUUACAGGAUGACACAUCAGGCGACUACAAAAGAUGUCUGCUUUCGCUUGUCAAAUAACCAUAGCAUGUCUCUUUCGGCGAGUACUAUAUAUAUCAUAGUUCUGUGAAUGUUACCACCAUUGUCUUGAGCUACUUGAGUGUUUUGUCAAAGAAGAUUGAUCUUGUGAAGUAUUUACACAUCCAGCUAAAGGGAACGGCACUCCUCUGCACUUUUCCACUACUGUCCUGGAAACCCUGACAAAAUUAAAUAUACCAAUAAAUUAUACUCAGUAUGUAAUUUUAGAAUGCUUUCUUUACAAGAGGUUAAUUGUUAGGUGUAGGUUUAGUGAUGAACUUUCAUCAUACAGGUUAUGGUUUAAUUUUAUCAGGUUUACCUAUUUAAAAAAAGUAGUUAGUUGUAUAGUUACUAUUGUUUGUAAAGUUGUCUAGCUUCCUUUGCAUGAACAAGAAUUUGACUGUUUUAAAUUCAAGUAGAUUUUUAUAAUGACCUAAGAUCAGCCCAGAAUGCAUGAUUGCAUGUAAUAAUGUCAUAUUUCAAAUUAACUGUCUAUAAAGUAUGGACAGUAAAAUAUGUUUUUAUGCAUGAUUUGUCUCCUAUCUGUAGAGUUAACGUUUCAUUAUUUUUUUUGAUUUAUUAAUAUAUUAGCACUUUUACUGCACUUUCACUUUUCUGUAUACCUAUUAUUAGUCAAGGUAAACAGUAAAAUUCAAUAAAAUAUUUUCAAAUCUUGUCGAUAAAACUAUUCAUGUGAUUUUAUGGUGUUUUAAUAUUUAUUGUUAUUGUUUUGUAGAAACAUUUUUUACAUUGUUUACCAUUUAUUUUACUGUAAGAUAUUUUAAUCUAUCAAUCAGAACAUCACUAUUUCUCAAGACUGUCAUAAGUUUUACAAAUUUGUAUACUGUAUUGGUAUUAAUUUAUAUUUUUAUAUGUAACUUGCUAACAAUCAUCAAGAUACUUUACUAGUAAAUAUGUAUUUGAUAACUAGGUUUCUGCUUUCCUUACUCAGGGAAAAAACUAUCUUUUUCAAACAAUGAGUUUAUCGCACCAAUUGGUGAAGAAUAAUAAUUGAUAUCGAUCAAAUGUUAUACUGUAGUAUUUGCAGUAAUAGGAAUAUAUGGAUACAUGGGGGACCUGUGAGAAAAUUGCACAUUUUAAUAAAUUCAAAACUUGUUUCUGAUGCAAAACGGAUAAUAGAACACCCUUUUACCUUUCAAAAAUAAUGUUUGUUUACAGUUAUUGAGUAAAUAAAAACCACACAGUACAAUUGUCCUAAAUUAAAUUUGUUAUGUAGAUUAUACAAUAAAUAAUUAUUUACCUACUUUAAUUAUGUUGAAAUUAUCAACCACUAAAAGUAGCCUAGGCUAUUUAAAAGCCGUUUUCAUUAACUGUGUUGUCUCUUGUUUACUACCUAACUGUAGUUAAUUGACGGAUCAGUUGUUAUUUCUUUGAAUUAAUUCAUAUUUUUAAAACCUAUACGAAGAAAGAUGGUCAGCAUUACUGAAUCUUUAAAAAUGAACUCUAUAAAUAAAUCAUAAGCCCUGAGGGAAUUUACCUUUAUUUGUUGCCUCUGAAGCUGAAGAUAUCAUAAGCUUUAAAAUGACACUAAAAUCUUAAAAAUUAUUAAGUAGGACAGGCGAAAAAGGUAUGUUAUACAAUAUCCUUUUUGUAUUUAGUAUAUAGAUAUAUAAUUUCAUUUUUUUACUACAAAAGCUAUUUGAAAUAUAUUUUAAAAACAAAGCAGUAGUAAUUUAAUUUUGAAAGAUUUGUUAUUGAAAUCGGUUUUGAUCAAGAACCUGCAUCUGUGAACUGUUUUCAUUUAGUCCAUUUUUAAAAUCCAAAGUAAAUGUAGAUAAAUAGUUUAAGCCCUAAAAAAACUAUUUUUAUGAUUUUAUUUUAAGGUUAUUAUUUAUUCAUUGUUAGUUCUACUUAUUUUCCCGAACAAAGAUAAAAGUAAAUGAUCAACCAAUGACUGAGUACCGGUAAUUUAAGAAAAAUCUGCAAUUAACUUGCCAUUAGAGAAAAUGUCUUGUAAGAACAAAUUAUAUCAGGAUGGGCGUAUAGUUGUAGCACUUAUACAAACCUAUAAGUGUUGGGUGCUAUAUUCAACAAAUUUAGAUUACAUUAAAUCUGUUUUUUUAUCCUCUUAUGUGACAGAUUUUGUUUUCCUUCUUAUAUAAAUGUUUUUAUCUAAAAAAAAAAUAAUUGUGAUUUGAUAUGCAUUUAGUUUUUUUUUAUUAUUUUUAUAUCACUCCUUUUAAAUUUAUACAUAAUUUUCUCUCAUAAAAUGCUUGAUGUUGGACUAUAAAAAGCUGUUUUAUGGUCAACGCAUUUUUAGUGCCUUUUGAAUAUAAUGUCGUCAAUUAACAAUAUGAAAGGUUUUGCACGAUUUUAAGAUGUCUUACUGAAGUAAUUGUAUUGGCACGCAUGUUAAGACUGAUGUGGCUUCCAUGUUAAACAUUUCAUAUACCUGUUGUUGCCAAAAUAUUUAUCCAACUUUAUCCUUCUUAUAUCAUAUUUACUCGUUAUCAAUAACAAAUUAAGAUUAUGACUUUGUAACAUUGUCAGUAUUUACAUAUUUUAUGAUAAAGAUCUUUAACAUGUCUAGAUAGUUAGAAUUGGAUAAUCUGUUGUUGUUAUAUUAUAAUAUAUUGUUGUAGUGGAAUAAAUUGGUUGAUGUAAUACCAGA